AUGAUGAGAUUACUGUUACAAGACAGGUUGUGAUGGGCGGCAAGAAUAAAUAUCUAAUAAAUGGCAUCAACGUGCAGAACAAACGCGUCAGCGACAUGUUCUGCUCGGUGCAGCUCAAUGUCAACAAUCCUCACUUCCUCAUCAUGCAGGGACGCAUCACAAAGGUCCUCAACAUGAAGCCACCGGAGAUCCUGUCCAUGGUGGAGGAGGCUGCAGGGACCAGGAUGUACGAGGCCAAGAAGCAGGCAGCGCAGAAAACUAUAGAGAAGAAGGAUGCCAAGUUGCGGGAGUUGAACGAU